AUGCGUCUUCAUCCGAUUCAAUAUCAUCAGAUUGACAAUUUCCAAUUCCAAGAUGGCUCUCCCGCGGCUUCAGUCAAGGUAGCCUACCUCGAUAUCAAUCCAACUUCCGACAAGACCGCUCUGGUGCUGUCAUGCUUUCGCGGUCGUCUUCACUCAACCCCGACCUUUUCUGAUGGCGCGUUGAAAGACUACAGAGUCAUAGUCGCGGCUCUAUUUGGAAAUGGCGAGUCCUCUAGUCCGUCAAACAUGGCCAACCCCCCAGAUAUGUUUGAUUACCGAGACUGCGUGCGGGCGCAGCGCCAUCUUCUUCUCUACCGCCUACGGAUCGCCGCCAAGCUGGACCUUGUCCUCGGCUUCUCCAUGGGCGGCCAGUGCGCAUAUCACUGGACGCUCAUGUAUCCGGAAGCGGUUCUCAAUGCCGUCAUUAUAUGCUCAUCGGCCCGAAGCAGCCGUCACAACUACCAGUUUCUGGAGGGGCCCAAGUCUGCACUGGAGAACUCGUGCGACUAUAAGCCGGGCACGGCGCCGGCGCCGGCAGCAGCAGCGCAGGCGACAGAGAAGAAACCAUUGCUGCAUGGAUUGCGGGCUUUUGGAAAAGCAUACUCUGCGUGGUUGACCAGCGCCGAGUGGUUUGAUCAGGAAAUGUACAAGUCGCUUGGCUACGAGACCUUGAGCGACUGGGAUCGUGAGGUCGCUGGCACAAACUACCAUGACUGGCAUCCCGAUGAUUUGCUAUCCAAGAUUCGUACAUGGCAGCAUGGCGACAUUACAAAGAUUUUGCAGAGCGAGGGCGAGCAGGUGUCUUUACGCCAAGCUUGUUCAUUGAUUCAGGCGCGUGUGUUGCUUAUGCCAUGCCGCACUGAUCAGUACUUUCGGUGGGAAGCAUCCGAAAAGGAAUCACACAUGAUUCCACGCGCGACCCUCCAGGUUAUACCAUCAAUAUGGGGUCAUUUAGCCGGGCUUGGAGUCGAUCUGGCAGACAUGGCUUGGAUGGAUGUACAAAUAGGCAGGUUCCUUGCAGGUCAACAAUAG